AUUUAUGCAAUACUGAAUUUGAUAAGAGAUACCACUCACGAAUAGUUCAUUAUGUUUGAUACAUUUGUUCUUGGAUUGUGUCUGAUUGGUUCAGUGGUUUCUGUCACGACAAAGGGCAAUGUCCUUCUACCCUGUAAAUUUGGUGCUUACGACAUGAACAGCGACGGUGUCAUCAAAAGAGAAGAGUUUCUGGAGAGGACGGAAGGCUUCCCCAAAAUGCCUCCACAACAGAUAUUUAACCGUUUAGACACGAAUGGUGACGGUAAUAUAAUCUUCGCUGAAUUCCGAAGGAUGGCACCUGGCCUUCAGAAAAAUAAGAUAUUUGCUCACUGCGACGUUGGCGGUUGGUUGGUAUUUGCAUUGGGAAAUAAGAAAUUAAAAAGGGAUUGGUGAAGUCGAUUUCAUGAAACGAUGACAUAUCAAUACAUGUAUUGUAAAGUGGCUGUUUCUUUUCUUGUGUGAUUGUGCAAUUCUUCUUAAUUAGUAUUAAUCUCUCUUUGUCAUCUCUGAACUAAUGUAUUAUCACGUAACAAAAGACCAAAUAUACAAGAGGCACUGACAAUUUACCCAUUACUAUUUUAAUGAAAGGAGAAACGUU